GAAUUGCAUUGUUUGUUUGUUUUUGAGACAUUUUCUUCUUACUCUUCUGUUUUUCAUUUUAUUAUUUCAGUUUUGAAGCAUUCAUGUUAAGCUUAUCUGGAUCUGUCUGACUUUAAAGAUUUUGCAGAGAAGCAAGUGUUAGUGGGGCAGAGGGCAUUGAACAGGAAAAAUCUUCUCACCACCAAGAUUUUACUUUUGUGGGCCUAAAGGUUGUUGAGAUAUGCAGACCCCAAAAGCAAGAAACAGUUCCUCUGAAGUGCCACAGAAGAAAUCUCCGCGAGGCAAUUCGUCAGAAGUGCCUCUAAAGAUUUCUCCUCGAGCUGUCAGAUCUCGAGAAGUGCUUCAAAAGGUAUCUCCUCGAGGUGUUCCUCAAGAUGUGCCUCAUAAAAUUUCUCCGAGAGUUGUGCGCCGCCUGAAGACGGGGGCAUCGGAUUCUGAUUCUGCAUCUUCUCCUCAUGUUAAUGGUAGGACACCAAAAGAGAGAAGGGCUAAAGUCACCGAGCAGAAAUCGCCGAAAAAUUUGGAGUCAGAGAAGAAGGGCUCAAGCAAGGUUACUGAAUUGGAGUCCCAAAUCACUCAGCUCAAAAAUGAUCUCAAAGACAAGCUAAACUCCUCAGAAGCAUGCAAAAAGCAAAGUGAGGUAGAGGCAAAGGAGUCAAAGGAACAGUGUGCAGUAUUGUCCUCCGAACCAGACCAGUCCCCGAAACAGCUUGUGAAUCAACCUUCUUCUGAGAGUACAUGUCCGACUGACCACCAAAAGUCUUCCGAGGAUCUGACAUUGCGUUCAGAACUAGAGACAAUCCAGAAACAGCAUUCAGCUGACUCAGCUUCAUUAGCUUCUGCCUUGAAUGAGAUAAAGGAACUAAAGACUCAGCUGGAAACUGUUGCUAUAUCUGAGGCUACCAAAAUCAAGGACGCGGAAGCAGCCCAAGCGGAACUCCAAAGCUUGAAACAGAACUUGUCGGAUACACUUUUGCUUCUGGAAGACAUGAAAAAACAACUAAAGGAUAGCAAAGAUUCCGAAGCUCAGGCUCAAGCACUUGUUACUGAAACUCUGUUGCAACUGGAAUCAGCAAAGAAGAUUGUGGAGAGCCUAAGGUCUGAUGGUAAUAAAGUUGUGGAAGCAUACAAUGCUUUAUCUUCCGAGUUGGAUCAGUCGAAAGCACGUGCAAGUUCACUGGAAGACCUUGUUUGCAAACUCCAAUCAGCUACUGGUAAUGUUGGUGAAAGUGAAAUUGUCGAAAUUGAUGAAAGUAAGGAAACAAUUGAGGCAGAACUGUCUUCUCUGAAAUCUGAAGUUCAACGUCUGAGGGCUGAUCUGAAAGCAGCUGACAUCAAAUACAACGAAGAGAAAAAUCGAAGCACACUUGAAAUAAGAAGUGCCUAUGAGUUAGUGGAGCAAAUCAAGUCAAUGUCGAAGCGUAGGGAAGAUGAACUCCAGGGAGAAUUACAAAACUUCAAAACACAAAUAGAGGAGUUGAAGGCGAAUUUGAUGGACAAAGAAACUGAAUUGCAAGGUAUUUGUGAGGAGAAUGAGAAUCUUAUCAUGAAACUAGAGAACGCGCUAUCUGGAAAAGGAGAAAAUGUACUCGAAAAGGAGCUUCAAAGAUCAAGACUUGAUAUCGAAACUCUGAAGGCAAAUCUGAUGGAUAAGGAAACCGAACUACAGAAUAUUUUAGAGGAAAAUGAGAUCCUGAAGUCGGAAACUGACAAAAAAGAAAGCAAUAGAGGAAAAGUGAAGGAUGAAGUUGCUGCUGAACUAGAGGCUGCAAACACUGCAGAACGAGAAGCUCUCAUGAAGCUCGGGUACAUGAAUGAGGAGGUUGAUAAAAGUAACCGACGGGUGGCUAGAGUAACCGAGCAAUUGGAUGCAGCUCAAGCUUCCAAUGCAGAAAUGGAAGCAGAACUUAGAAAGUUAAAGAUUCAGUCAGACCAAUGGAGGAAGGCUGCAGAAGUAGCAACCGCGAUGCUAUCAAAUGGCAAUAAUGGGAAGCUCAUGGAAAGAACCGGAUCAAUGGAUAGUCCUUUCAGUCCUUGCAAGAUUAGCUCACCUUACUUUGAGGACAUGGAUGAAGAUCUAAUGAAGAGGAAAAAUCCAAAUAUGCUUAAAAGGAUCGGCGAGUUAUGGAAGAAGCCACUGAAAUAGGAAAAAGUACGCGGAAAAGGUACUUAUGUUAUGAUCCUUGAACUUAACCUCUUAGUUUAUGUAUUUGAAACAAAAUCAACUGAACUUCUUACUUAUUGUAAUCAUAUAGAAGCUCUGCUCAGCCUAGAACUGAGUUCAAU